AUUACCUUGUUAGUUAUGUCAUGGAAUUAAAGUGACCCAAAGUGAGGAGUGUUCUAUUUGUAUUAGCAUUGGAUUUUGUUAAGGAUGUUUCUACGCUCAAAGGGAUUUGUGUGUCCAACAUACAUAAAUAUAUCAAAGAGACUUCUGUCAAACGAAAUCAAAGAAGUGCUUAAUACACGUUUGGAUCAUCCAAGUGGUAUCAAUGGCAAUCAGCUGCAACUUGCUGUUGUCAGUAAAAAUUUAAAUGCACUUAACCUCGAUUUGUUCGUAAAUAAUCUUAACCAAUAUGAGGACAGAAGAUCCGCCGUUCUAGACUUGCUAGCAAAUCUACGAGCAACGAAAUUGGCUAAUACUUGCUUAGAGUCUACACAUUUUGCAGCAGUUAGACAUUUGUUGGAAAAUUCUACUAUUCAAGAGGUAUUACCGGUUCUUCUGGACCGUCCACAAUACGGAAUUUUUUUAAACGACUUCACAGGUUUUGCGGUAACUCAAACUUUACACGAUGAAAAAGAAUACAUUUUGGGAUUGCCAUUGGCCUUAAAGCUAGUGUUAUUGGAUGAAUUAGAAAGCAUAUUCGUCCAAGCAUUUGCUUUAAAAUCGUCACUGGAAACUUUAAAAAAAGAACUUUCCAGCGAGCAACCUAGCGAAGAAAAAGCCCCAAUCCCACCCAAGGGCAAGGUACAAGAGAAAAAAAUACGAGUAAACUUUCUUCGUAACAAGGAGGAAUUUGAUCAAAACAAAGAAAUCGGUAAAGCAAUUUUAAAAAUUGCGCCCAAAAUUCUGGAAGGCAAUACGAAAGACAAUGCUGUAGUGUUAGGUCUAGUGCUAACUGCAAAUUAUGCUGAAUUAGAUAAGACCUUAAGUACAAAAUCGAUCGAAAUAAAUGCGGAUAUUGCUGAUAUCUGCAAAGAGCUUCUAUCGCGUGGCAAUCAAGCAGAUUUUGUCAAUAAAAUUGAAAAACUGCAGUCUCAAAAGUCGUUUGGGGAGUUUAUCGAUGGAUUCUUGAAAGAAGCUGCCGUCAAAGAGGCCAUAUCUUUAGCUGAAAAGCAGAAACAAUUAUUACCAACAUGGCAACAAUUGAGAGCCCAAAAGAAAUUAGAAGUUGAAAACGAGAUAGUAGAGAAGGAAAGAAUGGAGAAUAUUGAAAAGAUAACAAAUGAAAUUGCAACAAAAAAAGAGUUACUUUGGUUCUUUAAUCAUGAGGAUAAACUUGACUUGGAAAUAUACAAGAAGCAAGUAUUUUAUCCCAAGAGAUGGUUUGGUAAGAAAAAGAAGCCUCGUGUUGUAGAUGAACACUAUGUACCACCCCAGAUAAGAAAAAUAAAUUAAUUUUUGUUCCAUAAACAUUGUAUGUUUGUUUUUAAAAUAAUAUAAAAUUGUUUUUAUUAAAUUUU